AGAGAAUGGGUAUAUGAAUGGGAGGAUCAGAGUCAAGAAGUUGAACCAGAAGCUAAAAGUCAUUGAAGUCCCUUGUCCCAUUCAAGCACUUGAUUUCUAGUUACAUAACAACUAUAUGCAUCUUGUAACUACUUAAACCGUUUCCUACGAUUUGACUCUACUUUUGAUUCCCUUUCCAGCCACCAAAUCAAACCAAUACCUCACUGUUUCAUAGCUUUUUUCUUCAACCCAACUUCGUGGCUUCAAUGAUGGAUUCAGAAGGAGCACUGCCCCAGGUUCAGGAAAUAGAGCAAGAAGGUGUCGGUGGAGGGACUAACAAGAAGAUGGAGGUAAAAAAUGAAACCAAGAAGAAGAAAAAGAAGAGGAGUUCUUAUUUCCCCAGGUUUGGUUGUUUCAGAAUCGAACAUGAUGCUUCUGGUGGAGGUUUUGAUAUUGAGGUUGUUGAUGAAUCUGGUCAGCGUCCCACCCCUACCCACUUGAUCAUUAUGAUUAAUGGUCUUGUAGGCAGCGCACAGAAUUGGAAAUUUGCUGCAAAGCAGUUUCUGAAAAGGUAUCCAGAAGAUACUAUUGUACAUUGCAGUGAACGCAAUUCUUCCAUGUUGACAUUUGACGGUGUUGAUGUAAUGGGAGAUAGACUAGCAGAGGAGGUUAUAUCAGUUAUAAAACGUCACCCAAGUGUUCAGAAAAUUUCAUUUGUAGGUCACUCUUUAGGUGGCUUGGUGGCAAGAUAUGCAAUAGCCAAGCUUUAUGGUAGAGACAUUUCUAUGGAACUUCCUCAGGGGAAUGGACAUUGUGAAAGUCAGAUUUCAGAUCAAGAAUGUCAUGAUAGAAAAUAUGAAGGAAAAAUUGCAGGACUAGAGCCCAUAAAUUUCAUUACCUCUGCAACGCCACACCUUGGUUCUAGAGGGCAUAAACAGGUUCCUAUGUUUUGUGGAUUUUACUCUCUAGAGAAAGCAGUAUCUCGUGUUGCAGGGGUUUUUGGUAAAACGGGAAAACAUCUAUUUUUAACGGAUAGAGACAAUGGAAAACCCCCUCUUCUUCUCCAGAUGGUUCAUGACUCCGAAGAUAUUAAAUUCCUGUCUGCUUUACGCUCCUUCAAACGCCGUGUUGCCUAUGCAAAUGUUCUUUAUGACCAACUUGUUGGAUGGAGUACGUCAUCGAUCAGGCGUCGAAAGGAGCUUCCAAAGCGCCAGCAUCUUUCAAGACAUGAGAAGUACCCGCAUAUUGUAAAUGUAGAGACAACUAAAUCUACUUCUGUUGCUGAUGAAGUUCCUGAUGAAUCCAAAGUGAGUAGUGGAUCCAGUAAACUUGACUACGAAGAGGAAAUGAUCAAAAGCUUAACAACAAUGAGCUGGGACCGAAUUGAUGUCAGCUUCAGUGGUAGUAUGCAGAAAAUUCUCGCACAUAGCACUAUUCAGGUGAAAACUUAUCGUAUCAAUUCCGAUGGAGCAGACGUGAUUCAACAUAUGAUUGACAAUUUUCAGAUAUAAAAUUUACCAAUAUUGCUAGCUUCCAACAGACAGGGCAAUGCAAAUUUUUUGAGACGGAUUCGUCACUUUUUGUGACUGAAGUUGGAGAAAAAAACAGACUAAGAAUGUUUAUAAAACAAAACAAAGGGAACCAUAAAAUUAUGAAAGGAUAAAAUGAGGCGUAUAAUUGUACCCUAAGAUGUUAUUCUUGUGCAUGUUCUAUUUUUUUAACUGCACAGUAUAUAUUCGAGUCAUUUGGAAUGAGAAUAUAGAAAGUAGAGGAAGGAGAAUGAUCCUAUUUAAAAUUGGUUGUAGUUGUAGAUGAGAUAUGUAUAGAAAUCUUAAGAUAAGAUAUGUACCAUUUGAAUAAGAUAUCUAUCUAAUUCCUAAGAUAAAAUAAAUUAUCUACAACUUCAAUUUAAGUAAAUCUUAAGAUAAAAUAUCUAUUUAAAUCCUAAGAAAAUAUUUAAUAACUAAAUUAGGUCUAAAAAAACACAUUAAAGUUUAAACAGUUUUCAAACAUACACUCUUGCCCUUGACCUUAUCAAAUCUAAUAGUUUAGACAAGGAUAAUCAGCAAAAUCUUUAAAAUUACAUUCUUUUAUUUUACAAAAUUAUUUUUGGUUUGUAAAUAAGCCACUAGGUCGACUUUUUUUUUCCUGAUUGAAAGGGGCUAACGCCCCAAAGAAAGAAACAAACUAAACAGAAGAGCCUCAAGCUGAAGCAUUAGCUUGUAACAUUGGUAAUGACGGAGAAUUUGGAAUUUGUACGAGUUCUUAAGCUUUGUAUUUGUUAUAUUUGUUAUGUACAUAAUAUAACAUCAAUAAAUUUUACA